CCUUUGGUUCAAAGGAUGGGAAUUUUAUAGGAAUAGGAAAAGUAUAGGAAAUGAGGUGUAUGCAUUUCCAAUCCUAUGGCUGCUCAGAUCAUAGGAAUAGGAAAUUAAAUGCCCUUUGGUUCACAGGAUAGGAACACACAUAGGAAACAUAAAGAAAUAAUAUUUUAAUUUAAAGCAACUAGCCGUUAGUUGCUCUCAAGCAACUAGCCGUUACAUGGCUGUACUAGCUUUCUCUCCCUAUAUAUCAUCUUGUUGUGGAGAUCAAAACACACACAUCUCAUCUUCAGAAUACACACAAAUCUCAUCUUCAGUUUAUGGUUAGCUAACCAAAGAAGGAACCCCUCCAGCAGCUUCUAGCAUGGUCGUCAACAACAACCAGGAUAACAUAAACAACAGCAUUUCUUGCUGAUUUACACACAUUUCAAUGGAUCCAAGCUAUCACAGGAGGUCACAGAUGGAGGAUGAAUUCAUGUUAUUUUUCUUCCCUACCAUGGAAGAAGGAAGGGAGAAAAAACCAAUGCAUACAUCUAGUCUUACAGGAGCUGCUUAUGUCCAGGAAAUCUUAAAUGGGCAUGAAAGCUUAUGCAGAAGGCAUUUCAGAAUGGAGGCUUACAUCUUUCAUGCUCUAGUUGAGAAGCUGCGUGAGAAUGAAAUACUUGAAGAUUCUACAAUAGUCUCCUUGGAAGAAAAGGUUGCCAUAUUUUUAUAUGCAGUUGCAAAAAAUGCUAGUAAUGAGACCUUGCAGGAUAGGUUCCAGCACAGUGGGCAAACCAUCAGUCGACACUUUGGAGAUGUACUAGAGGCAAUUACAAAGCUUGCAAGCAUCUAUAUACGCCCACCUUCUCUUCGACCACAUCCAGUCUUGAGGAGAUCACAUUUCCAUCCCUACUUCAAUGAUUGCAUUGGUGCUAUUGAUGGUACACAUAUUCCAAUGACUAUCUCACCACAUGAACAAGAGCCAUAUCGAAACAGAAAGCAAACAAUCACACAAAAUGUUAUGGUUGCAUGUGACUUUGAUUUGAGGUUUGUGCAUGUGCAUCCUGGCUGGGAAGGAUCAGCCUCGGAUGCAAGGGUUCUCCAAGAUGCACUUAACCAUGGAUUUCAGGUACCUCAUGGUAAAUAUUAUAUUGUAGAUGCGGGCUAUGCAAACACACCACAAUUUCUUGCCCCAUACCGUGGAACUAGAUACCAUUUGCAAGAACAAGCACAACUUCAUGAUGGAGAUGUCUCAUGGCUCAACAAUGACACUCCAGAUAUUGACCCACAUCUAAUUGUGGACGUGCCCACGGGAGAUGAAAACUACACUAGUGAUGUUGGAGCAUUCAAUAACACAAGAGAAGCAGGAAACCACCUACGGGAUUAUAUAGCAGAUAAACUGUGGGAGGACUAUAUUGCAAGAAGAGCUUGA